GUCAUCUUCGCGUCGUGGUCGUAUGGUGUCACUCCAUGCUUUUUAUGAUAUACACUUGGGGACGUUACCCACACACAGUAUUGAUUACCAUGGGAUACGAGAGGAUUCAUCGUCGUACUCACCCCCACACCCCUCUCAUUUCAUUGCGCUCCCCGCACCGAUAUAGCUGUAGACGUGGCAAUCAUCCUUCUUAAAGGAUCACAUUUUGGAGAGUUGAAUUGACGCCAAUCCUUUUCAUUAGAC